AUGUCUUAUGAAGCAACAAUUAUUAGUUUGUGCACACUUGCAAUAAUUGUGUUACAACCUCCAUUAUUUUGGCAUGCUCAUACUAGAAAUCUUCCGGCAGUGAUUCUUAUAUUAUGGUUAUUAAUCAUUAACAUAAUUAACAUUAUUAAUGCUGCUAUUUGGAGUGGGAAUGAUUUUAUGUCAACCUGGGAUGGAAAAGUAUGGUGUGACAUUGCCAUAAAGAUAGAUACAGGUGCAAGUGUUGGUAUUCCAUGUGCCAUUACAGACAUAGUUUAUAAUUUACAUACUAUUUUAAGGGCAACAACAGUUCUAGAAAAUUGGAAUUCCUAUCGCAAAAUAAUCAGAGAUUUACUAAUAUGCUUAUUAUCCCCAGCCAUUGUCAUGGCAACAUCAUAUAUUCUACAAGUAUUUCGAUACAGUAUCUUAAGAUAUAACGGUUGUCAAAAUGCAUUUUCCAACACAUGGCCAACUUUAUUAUUAUAUCAACUGUGGAUUGUUUUGUGGGCAAUUUUUGCAGCAUUUUAUUCCUUUUUAGUAUUAUUUGUAUUCUAUAAAAAAAGGAAAGAUGUGAAAGAUAUAUUAUAUUGUACUAAUUCAGGAUUAAAUAUAACUAGAUUUGCUCGUUUAUUGAUUCUUUGUUUUGUUAUAAUCUUGAUCAUGUUGCCAUUAUCUCUGUAUGGACUUGUACAAAAUGCACACAAUUUGGAAGGCCAUUAUAGUUUUAAGGGUAUACACUCAAGUGCGUUAUGGAAUGUUAUUAUUAAGAUAGAUCUGGGAAAACCACUCUACACAGUUUGGAUCUAUAUCCUAGCAUCAUAUUUAGUAUUUUUAGUGUUUGGAUUAGGGUCUGAUGCCUUAUCUAUGUAUGUUAAUUUUCUGCGAACUAUUGGAUUGGGAUUCAUAGUAGACAACAUAAAUAACUUUUAUAAAAAUAAAAAAGAAACUAGAAUUGGAAAAUUGUUGAACUAUAUGGUUAAUCCAAAUACCUUGGCUCAUACUAGUUCCUUUCAAGGAAGUGACAAUGAAUAUAGAAACUACUUGAAUGAAAAUUCACUAGGUUGUAAAAUUCCCAAUACACAAAUUUAUGUAAAUUAUGAUAUGCCUGAAACAAGAGAGGAACGUUUUUAUAGUAAGUUUGAAAAAAAACGUUAUGAUCUUGAAUCAAAAUAUCUAGAACAAGAAAUUAACAUAGAUGAUGGUGAAUAUAUCCCAUAUUUAGAUGAUGAAAUUAGUAAAGAAGAACAAAUAUUAUUUCCUAGCUUACGUAUGGAAAAUGAAACAGAAAUUUCAAAGGAUUAUAACAAUAGAGACAACAUGAGAUUUCCCAAUUUAGAAGGAAAUAUAAUGCAAGAGUUGGAAGACUUAGAUAGUGAAGAAAUAGGGAAAGAUUUACUUGAAAACCCAUUUACUACACCAAUAAUUCAAAAAUUUUCCUCAGAAACAAACGAAAAUUAA